AUGCAAUCAGAAUUAAAUCGCGUUAUCGACGCGGCGAAGUACAAAAGCCCCACUCUGGAAGAAAUGGUUGGUAAAAAUAAGGAUUUCCAACAAGCUUCUCUCCGAGUCGACCAAAACCACGAGAGGGAGUCUAUCAUGUCCGUCGUUAAAUGGUGGACGUCUGUGUUGUUGGCAGUGCUGGCGUGCUUGCAAAUUGCUCGAGGUGUAGUCACUGAUACCGACGCUGCAGCUGCAGUGAAGUUCCCUGAUUUGUAUGAGGCGUCUGUGUUGGAGUUGCAAGCCGGGCUGGACGCGGGACAUUUCUCAAGUGUUGAUUUGGUGAAGGCUUACUUUGCCCGCAUCGAUGAAGUGAACUUGAAGGGGGCAGCUCUCAGAGCCGUUCUCGAGACCAAUCCCUCAGCAUUGGCACAGGCAGCAGCAAUGGACAAGGAAAGAAAGAAAAAAGGAAAGAGAUCGUUGCUGCACGGAAUUCCUGUACUCUUGAAGGAUAACAUUGCUACAGUCGCUUCGGAAGGAAUGAAUACAACCGCCGGCUCCUUCAGUCUUCUUGGUUCUGUUGUCCCAGAUGAUGCUGGUGUCGUGAAGCGUCUAAGGAAGGCCGGCGCGAUCAUCCUCGGCAAGGCAAACCUCUCAGAGUUUGCUCAUUUCAGGGGGAAUUUGGCUUCGGGGUGGUCGGGACGGGGCGGUCAGGCUACAAACGCCUAUUUUAAGAACGCCGAUCCUUGCGGCUCCUCUUCAGGUUCUGGUAUCGCAGCUUCCAUUGGGCUUGCAGCUGUUACGUUAGGGUCCGAAACUGAUGGGAGCAUUACCUGCCCUUCAAGUAACAACAAUUUGGCAGGUAUCAAGCCCACUGUAGGUCUGACCUCAAGAGCAGGAGUUGUGCCAAUCUCUGAGCAUCAAGACACUGUGGGCCCCAUGACGAGGUCGAUGACUGACGCCGCUAUCGUUUUGUCAGUUAUAGCUGGGAAGGACCCCAACGACAACUUCACCCUGGCUCAACCAAGAAAUGUCCCUGAUUUUACAAAGGCCCUAAAAACGAAUGCUCUUAAGGGUAAACGCAUCGGAGUUCCGCGUCAUGCAUUCCUCAACGACAGCAUCAGCGGCAACGAUCCCUUUGUCAAUAUCAUCUUCGAGCAAGCGCUGAACACGAUCAGAAGCUUAGGGGCCACAAUUGUCGAUCCUGCUAACCUACCUUCCGCCGAUGAAAUCAUCAAUUCUAACAAUGAAAAUGUUGUAUUGGACGUCGACUUCAAAAUUCAACUCAACGCUUACUAUGAAGCCCUGUUAAAGAACCCCUCUGGAGUUCGAAAUCUAGCUGAUUUGAUUGAGUUCAACAACGCGCAUCCCGACCUCGAAGAGCCUAAAGGUUUCCAAUCUCAGAGCACUCUUAUCGAAUCUGAAGCAACGACAGGACGUAACGCGACUUUCUUCCAGUCUCUGGCAUUUGAUAAAGAACUUGGUGCUACUCGAGGCAUCGACGCCGCGUUGAAGGCACAUAAGCUGGAUGCUCUUGUUCUACCCGCCCCUGGGUUCACUACAGUUCCUGCAGGCAAGUCGUCAUCUUCAAAGGAAGUGGAUCAUGCCAUUUAA